AUUAAAAUCAAUUAAAAUCAAUCAAAGGCGCUAAGUAAAAGGCAAAAACAACUGCUGUUGGCACCCAGCGAAUUGCCCUGAUUCCGGUUUAGAUAAGAGUUUAAGAAACUACCUGAUAACUGAGCAAAAGCAAGAAUGUGGCGACACCUCAACACCAUCACAACCAGAACCAGCAGCUUCAGCAGAAUGCGCAGUCUCUCAGCUUUGGUGCAGAGCAAGGCUCUUGUCAAUGGCAACUGGAUAGAAGCCAGCGGCAGUGCCACCUUCGAGGUGAGGAAUCCCUCCAGCGGCGAGGUGAUUGGUCAUGUGCCCAACAUGAACGUGUCGGAUGCCCAGGACGCCAUCAAUGCCGCCAAGCAGGCCUACGAGUCCAAGGAGUGGCGCUCGCUGACAGCGAAAGAUCGCUCCAACCUUUUGAAGAAGUGGCACAAACUCAUCGAGCAGCAUACACAGGAGAUAGCCGAGAUAAUGACCGCCGAGUCGGGCAAGCCCAUCAACGAGUCCAAAGGGGAGGUGGCCUACGGCAACGCCUUUGUCGAAUGGUUCGCGGAAGAGGCUCGUCGCAUCUACGGCGAGAUCAUACCCAGUCCUGUGGCCAAUAGGGAAAUCAUUGUGAUGAAGCAGCCCAUUGGUGUGGCAGCCCUAAUCACACCCUGGAACUUCCCACUGGCCAUGAUCACACGCAAGGCUGGCGCCGCACUGGCUGCGGGCUGUACCGUUGUGGUGAAGCCAUCGGAGGACACACCGCUGACAGCUCUGGCUGUGGCCAAACUGGCCGAGGAAGCUGGCAUUCCCAGCGGCGUGAUCAAUGUGGUUACCACCAACAAGGCAGCCCCCAUUGGCGAUCUCUUCUGCAAGAGUCCCGACGUGCGCGGCAUCUCCUUCACCGGAUCCACGGAGGUGGGCAAGCUGCUGUUCCGCAACUCGGCCGAUGGCAUCAAGCGGGUCUGCCUGGAACUGGGCGGCAACGCGCCAUUCAUUGUCUUCGACUCUGCCAAUGUGGAGAAGGCCGUCGAGGGAGCCAUGGCAUCCAAGUUCCGUAACUGCGGCCAGACCUGCGUCUCGGCCAAUCGAUUCUUUGUGCAGGACGGCGUCUAUGAGAAGUUUGUGUCGCAGCUGAAGGAGCGCGUGGAGGCGCUCAAGAUCGGCGAUGGCCAGUCGUGCGAUGUUCAGAUCGGACCCCUCAUCAACCAGAUGCAGUUCAAGAAGGUCAGCGGCUUUGUGGAAGAUGCGCGCAGCAAGAAGGCAAGCGUUAUAACCGGUGGCAAGCCUCUGCCAUCGAUUGGGCCGCUUUUCUAUGCACCCACGAUCAUUACGGAUGUGCCGCCCACGGCCCAGCUCUACACGGAGGAGGUGUUUGGCCCCGUUGUCUCCAUCAUCCGCUUCAAGGACGAGCCGGAAGCCAUCCAGAAGGCAAACGACACCAGGCGCGGCCUGGCCGGCUACUUCUACAGCGAGAAUCUGCAGCAGGUCUUCCGGGUGGCCAAGCGCCUGGAGGUGGGCAUGGUGGGCGUCAACGAGGGCAUGAUCUCGGCCGCAGAGGCGCCAUUCGGCGGUGUCAAGGAGUCGGGCGUCGGACGCGAGGGCUCCAAGCACGGCAUCGACGAUUAUGUGGAUAUUAAGUACAUUUGCAUGGGAAAUCUGAAGUACGAUUGAGGGCCGAGUAGUCCCCAGCCUAUGCUUUCAUAUGCAGUCUUCCAUUAGUUAAAAUGCAAAGUUGUUGUUUGUUGUAUACUUGUAAAUCACGCCGCUAUAGAAAUAAAUGUGCACAAAUUAUCAAUAAA